CUAGCAAACCCACAACUAAGAAGAAGAAGUCGUGUAUAUACGAAGAAAUUUUGUUAAAAUGCCGUCAGGCUGUGUUGUACCGAGUUGUGUCACAAAUAAAUAUUCCACCGGAAAACGCUCAACAUUUCAAGUGCCAACGGAUGAGAAUCUUCGGGCAAAAUGGAUAGCAUCGAUUCCUGGAGUAGAAUCUUUGCGAUCAACUCAACGUGUGUGUGAGAAGCACUUUGAAGAACAUUUUAUACUUAAAGAAUUUAUAAAAUACGAUAAUAGUGGAAAAAUUAUUGCUCAGGUUCCGUUUAAACGUGCACGCUUGCAGCAAGGAGCUGUACCGACGAUAUUUCAGCAGUCUCCGUCAAAGUCAAGAAGCCCUCAAAAAGUUGUUGAAGUUCGUGUAAAAAAUUACACUGACUAUUCAUAUGCGCUACAAGAACCCUCAACCUCUUCUCAUUCAAGAGCAACAGUUGGAUGUGAAUUGGUUAACACACCAACAACUUCAAACUGUGAUACCAAUAACGUUGCUACUCAAUCACUGGAUGAGUUCGGAGAUUAUGAACAAAUUUUAUCUAACAAUAAUGAAUGUUUGUCUGAUUCAGAUGUACAUUGUCAUUUAGUAGAUUCGUCAGCCAUGGAGAUUGAGUUACCUUAUGAAGAAAGUAAUGUUACAAAAGACAAUAUUGAAGCUCCGAUGCACACAAAUUCUGCGUGUUCGUUUACGACUGUCACGUUUGAUUCUGUCAAAUUUAACUUUAACGCUCAGCCAGGAGAUGAUACUCUUGCAAACGAUUGCUUUCUAGAAUUGCCAAAACCGUGGAACGUUUGUAAAUUGACAAUGGAAAAAGAAGAAGUCUUUUUAUUUACAUAUGUAGUAACAGCCAAUGAUCGCGGAACAGAAAAACAUAUAUUUGAGAAAACUCUUAUAAUUACAUCUUCCCGAGAAAUUAAAUAUGAAAUUUACAUGACACCUGCUGAUAUUACGGGAACGAAACUGCCGCGAGUUUUAAACAACAUAUCAAUGUUACCAGACAUUUUACAAAAAUUCAAAGACAUGCGUGUUUGUAAAGGAAUAACGUCCAUCGGUUUAGAAUGUGUGCCUGAAAACACUUCUUUGAAAGUCUGUGCUGGUGCAGAUUGGCGUCACGCAGAUUGCAAAAUGUUAUCUAAAAAUAGAGAGGUGCAGUUCUUGUAAGAAAUAUUCUAACGCAUUAUUA